AUGUCGGGGCUGCUGCCUUCCUUAGAAUCCAUCGAAAACUUUGCAAAAGGAACAAUCGCUACAGCAGCGGGUCUCGGAACUGUUGGUGUUGGCCUAUUAUUCUUUGGCCAGAACUAUCUCAUAUACCCAUCUGCCUUCCCUCCUGGGUCCCGAACUGAGGUACCUCUGCCAAUUGAUUUUGGGCUCCCCUAUCAGGAUCCGGAGCUCGUGACACCAGAUGGCUUGAAGUUGCCAUGCUACUUGCUUCUUCAGCGGAAAGAUAUGUCACAUGUUGAGGCGCCGGAAGUUGAAACUAGAGAAGAUGAAAGUGACGAAGAGUUUGCUUCACGACGGCCUACAAUCUUGAUGUUCCACGGAAACGGCGGCAAUGUUGGCCAUCGAAUUCCACUCGCUAAAGUAUUCUACGUCAAGAUGCGAUGCAACGUUUUCAUGUUGUCCUAUAGAGGAUACGGCCGCUCAGAGGGUAGUCCAUCGGAGAAAGGCAUUCAGAUCGACGCACAGUGUGCACUUGAUUACGUGUCGUCACACCCGGCACUUUCCAGCUCACCCAUUGUACUCUAUGGCCAAUCCAUCGGCGGAGCAGUCUCCAUCGAUCUUGCCAGCCGCAAUCCACAUGCAAUCCGGGCUCUCAUUCUCGAAAACACAUUUCUCUCUCUUCCUCGUCUAGUCCCUAAUGCGUUCCCAAUACUCGGCCCCUUCGCAUUCCUUUGCCAUCAGAAGUGGGAUUCGGCCUCGAAGAUUCCCCUUAUCCCACGGGACAUACCCAUUCUGAUGCUGAGCGGUGUGCAGGAUGAGGUGGUCCCUCGAGAGCAUAUGCAGGGCCUUUGGGAAAUUGUGCAGAAAAGAGUCAGCCGACGAUCAAAGGAGGUCGAUGCAGAAGAUCGAACGGAGCGGAACGGCAAAACCGUACAUGAUAUUGUGGAUAGAGGAGCACACUCGCGCUUCGUUGAGUUCGAGAAAGGCACACAUAAUGAUACUUGCGUCCAACAAGGGUAUUGGACGACAGUUGCAGAAUUUAUUGCGAGUCUGCGGGUGAGAUCAACGUCGGAAACGUAG